AGGGAAGCAAGCGCUGUGAGUGCUUCCAGGCGUUGCUUUGCUCCACACACCGCUCAACACGUUCGCACCAGAGAAAACUACAGGGGAGUUCGCUCGUUCGUUCCUCCAAAGCUGGACCACGGCACGGCAGUCACGCCAGCAGGAGCAGCGGCGAGCAGAGCAGAGAAGAGCAGGUUCAUUGCAUCGAGAACCGAGAUCAGAUGUGCGCAUGUUUCAUUCCUCCACUCGACUCGACUCCAGAAUCGACUCUCUCGUCUGUCAUUUGCUUGCAUUGCAAUCCGUGAAGCAACGCCUUCUAUCGGCUGUCUCGUCUCGUCUCUCUCUCUCUCUCUCUCUCUCUCUCUCUCGCAUGAACGGAAGAAGAGCCUUUCAUCGUGGCGCGCACUGCUGUCCCACUCUUCCGUAGUAAUUUUCCGAGAUCGGCCCGCUGUCGGUCCGCUGUCGGUCCUCUGUCGGUCCGCUGACGGUCCGCUGACGGUCCGCCGUCGGCCCGCUGGCGGUCAGCGUGACUCACGCUGACAAGACCUGCCACUGAUCUUCCGCGCAUAGACUCCUAGACCGAAAAUAGGCUUCUAAUUAUCCUCGGAGAAAAAAAGGGAUCACGCCACCAUUAACCCUACAAGAAGAAUGGCGCCCCCCCCUAGGCGGCACAAUGCCGCCGAUUAUGGCGGCGCCACGCCAGCGGCCCGCCAGGCCAAGGCGAUUCGACUCGGAUAUCAAAUGGCUCCCAGCCGUUGGCUCUUCCCCCCGUACCUGCCGCUACUCUCACUGCUCUCGCUACUCUCGGUGCUCCCUUGGAAUUUUUCGACAACAGCCGCUCACACGCUGACAGUUUUUGAGGCGAUUCAAAAGGGUGGCGGCGGCACCGGAGCGCAUCGCCGAGCCAAGGCGCGCACGAGAAGCAUCUGGCUCUUCACGCAGUACCUGCUCUCGCUGCUCGCGGGAAACCCGCCGCCGCCGACGCCGGCGCAGACGGAGAGACCACGGCUAAUCCUGCUGCCGGACAACGCGCUCGGGGCGAAAUGCCUCGACGGCAGUCCCCCAGGAUACUAUUUCCGCCCGGGCACGGGGGCCGGCAAGAGCAUGUGGCACAUCUACCUGCCGGGAGGGGCGUGGUGCGGCUCUGCUGCAGACUGUGUCGCCAGGAGCAAGACAUUGCUCGGCAGCAGCACUUUCUUUACUAAUGACCCAACCAGUGAGGUCAUCCACCCUGGCUUCACGGGCAUGCUCAGCAGCAACAGCACCGACAACCCGCCCUUUUACAGCUGGAAUCUCGUCCGCCCCAUCUACUGCGACGGGGGGGGGUUCGCUGGGACGACGGGGAGGGUGGACGUGGGGAAUGGCACGGUGCUGCACCUGAGUGGGUGGAAGAUCAUGCGCGCUAUUAUGGCAGAUCUAAAAGCAAAUCGCGGGAUAAAAUCCGCAGCGCAGAUCCUCCUCUCGGGCAGCUCAGCGGGCGGCCACGCUGUCAUAUCUCUCUGUGAUCGCAUCGCCGGUGCCCUCCCCUGGGCGCCCACCAAGUGCAUCGCUGACUCGGGCUUCUUCAUAGACUCCAAGGACCGAUGGGGAGGCUUCAGGUGGCGGGGCGUGGCUAAGAGCAUGGUUGACAUGCACCGCCCAAAGUGGACAUGCAUGGACGGUCUCCCCCAGAGUGACCACUGGAAGUGCUUCUUUCCCCAAUACGCUGUUUCGAACAUCACCUCGCCGCUUUUUAUCUCGCAAACUGUCUUCGAUUUUGUCGCAUCUCAUAUCGGCGGUGCGCUACCUUGGAACAACACCUACGCUCUCGAUUGCCUACGAGAGGUGCUGCGGACAAGCAAGAACGUCACUGGGGUGAUAAUAAAGAAAGAAUGGAGCAAGAUUACAUGGAAGACGGAUUUCUGUACUCCUAUGGAGCGGAGUGCGCUGUUUACAACCGCUUCGAUACUCCUUGAGGCGCUUGAGAAAACGACUAGAAGUGUAAAGAGCAUUGCUGCCUUUGCUCCUACCUCAUUGUUCCAUGGGACGGUAUUUAUGAAAUCAUGGAUGCGACCAUGGGUACAAGGAGUGUCACUAGAAACAGCAAUCAUGCGCUGGUUUGCAGAUGAUUUGUCUGACAGAUUUAUGCACAUGUAGACGAGCAUUGGUAGUAUUUUUCUUGUGCUGCACCGUUUAUAAAUCAUUGCUCCGUCAAGGCGCAAGGGUUUUUACAGUAGUUUUUUAGUCGUUGUC